AUGAACACUAAAGGGUUCUAUGUGAGAAUGAGGCUUCUGCAAAAUAAUACUAGACAUUACAGAAAUGCAGAUAAGAGUAAUUUUUGCAGCAGAUAUUUCAAAUGGAUUCUCUGGUUAUCUUUAUCCUUUUACUUCUUUAGCUCUUUUCUAAUUACCCACAAUAAACCUACCAAUUCAAUUUCAAGAAAUACUGUUUCUAAAACCAAACCCUCCCGAGCUCUUGCUGAAGACUUAUCCCUUCUCCAACACACCCAUAAUCCCCAAGAUACAUUGAAGGGGAUGAAGGUAUAUGUUUAUGAUUUACCAUCGAAAUACAACACUGACUGGCUAUCGAACCAGCGUUGCAGCAGCCAUUUGUUUGCGUCUGAGGUGGCAAUACAUAAAAUUUUGAUGAACAACAACGAUAUUCGGACAUUAGACCCAAGGGAAGCUGACUUUUUCUUUGUCCCUGUUUAUGUAUCAUGCAAUUUCAGCACUGUUAAUGGCUUCCCUGCAAUUGGCCAUGCCCGUUCUCUAAUUUCUUCUGCUAUUCAACUCAUUUCCUCUGAACUUCCCUUUUGGAAUCGAAGCCGUGGUUCUGAUCAUGUUUUCGUUGCGUCCCAUGAUUUUGGUUCUUGCUUUCACACCUUGGAGGAUGUGGCUGUCGCAGAUGGGGUGCCGGAAUUUUUGAAGAAUUCAAUAAUAUUGCAAACAUUUGGAGUGAAGUAUAAACACCCAUGUCAAGAAGUGGAAAAUGUGGUGAUUCCGCCGUAUGUGUCGCCAGAAAGUGUACAAACCACCCUGAAAAAAUCGCCGUUGAACGGCCGGCGUGACAUUUUGGCAUUCUUCAGGGGUAAAAUGGAACUUCAUCCCAAGAAUGUUAGUGGUCGUUUUUACAGCAAGCGGGUGCGGACGGAGAUAUGGCGGAAGUAUGGUAAUGACCGGAGGUUUUACUUACAGAGGCAGAGAUUUGCCGGUUACCAGACAGAGAUUUUAAGAUCAACGUUUUGUUUAUGUCCAUUGGGAUGGGCCCCAUGGAGUCCCAGAAUAGUUGAAUCAAUUGUUUUAGGCUGUGUGCCGGUAAUCAUAGCGGAUGGCAUCCGGUUACCCUUUCCCUCCGCCGUGCCAUGGGCGGAGAUAUCUCUCACGGUGGCGGAGAAGGACGUCGCAAGACUGGGGGAUAUACUUGGAGACGUGGCAGCCACCAACCUCACUUCCAUUCAGAGAAAUUUGUGGGAACCAGAUGUUAGAAAAGCCCUACUUUUCAAUGAUCCAAUGGUCGAAGGUGAUGCGACGUGGCAGAUAAUGGUAGCCCUAUCAGAGAAGCUCAACAGCACAUCUCUUGUUAUUUUUAUGUAUGAACCUCGUUUGUCAACCCCCUCCCCCUCCAGUCCACCAUUAUGCGCCGUCGACGGUUUCUCGGCAUGGUUGAUUAGUAAUCAUAGUAGAAUCAGAUUCCAAUUCCAACCGAAACCUAACCCCCAGCAACUACUGAGAGAUUGGCAGCGUAAGCUCCGGCAAGAGUGCCGCAACAUCGAACGCCAGAUCCGAGAUAUACAGAGAGAAGAGAAGGGUGUGCAGAAAGCGAUCAAAGAGGCUGCUAAAAGAAAUGACAUGGGUUCUGCUAAGGCACUUGCCAAAGAACUUGUGAGAUCUAGAAAAACUGUGAACCGUCUCUAUGAAAACAAGGCACAGUUGAAUUCUAUAUCAAUGCACCUUGGAGAAAGUGUAGCCAUUGCACGCACUGUUGGACAUUUGUCCAAAAGUGCUGAGGUCAUGAAGCUAGUCAAUAAUCUUAUGAAGGCUCCAGAAGUGGCUGUCACUAUGCAAGAAUUCAGUAAAGAAAUGACUAAGGCGGGUGUUAUUGAAGAGGUGGUGAAUGAUGCUCUGGACGACGCACUGGAUUCAGAAGACAUCGAAGAGGAAACUGAAGAAGAAAUCGACAAGGUCUUAACUGCAAUUGCUGGCGAAACUGCUGCACAACUUCCUGAAGCAAUCAGGAAGGAGAAAUUAAAGCAACCCGCACACACUGUUGAAGAUGCAGAGGAGCCUGUUGAUGAUGAAGAGGAGAUGGAAGAAAUAAGGGCCCGUCUAGCCCGAGUUCGAUCAUAA